AGUUUUGUUUGUAAAUGGGGGUUCUUGGGGAUAAGAACCAUAUAUAAGGGGUCUAUAGAAGCUGAAUGGGAGAGAGGAUUCGACGAUUGGCCAGAAGCUCUCUCAGAUUCGGCUGUGAUUUUUGACAUUGUUCUUUCUCGUAAAUAAACCUCUUUAAAUGCAAGAUAAGACUUGUCAGCGGUGAUCACUUCUUUCUUCAGCACAUCAAUAUACAACAAUUUUGGCGUCACGAACUUGGACGCGUUUGUGGCCUUUCGGCAUCUGCUUUCAGUCCUGAGGAGCUGACUCCCGCAUCAGCCGGCUUAUAUACAGGGUGAGUUUUUCACAAUAUAGUGCGCUGGUUUGCUCGUGGGGACUGUGCAGUGUUGCUGUGGGGACACACCGUUUAAGACUCUUUGUGGGGAGGUUGUUGUGCUGCUGUUAGAAGUUAUUCGUCGUUCUAAAUUUCUAAAUUUGAGGUUUUCUUUGCGUUGCUGGCAACGCAAAAGGGGGGAAAGGACGAUAUAGAUUUAAAGGAAAUAAGAAGAUAAUAAAAAACAGAAGUUAGGAUUAAGGAAUAAAAGGAAAUAAGAGUAGGCCUACGAAUAGAGAAAAAGUGAAGAAGAGAAUAGAAAAGGAAUAGAAGAAAUAAGAGUAGAAAAGCCUAAUUAGUAACAUGAAGCGCUGAACUCACAUCGUGCAAAGUUAAGUGGAGGGGCCCUUUACCGCUGUAACUAGUAAGACACAUGGUCUUUGGUAGCAGUGUGAAAAUUGGCUUUAUUGGCUUUAAAGGAAUUGGCUUAAAGUAUAAAAUAGGAUAAAAAAAUAUAUAUAGAGAGAGAACUCCUGGGCCCAGGGGAAAUUAGGAACAUUUGAAUUUUUCAAAAAAGAGGUAAAUUUAGAGGAAAAUAGGAAUAGAGUAUAUAAGAGUUAAAUAGGAAUAGAGAAAAAGGGGUUCUAUAGCUUGAGGCUACUAGGGCAGGUCUGUGGACCGCUAGAAAGAAUCGCCUAAAAAAGAGAAGAAAAUAGGAAUUUUCUUAAUAGUGAAAGGUUAACAGUGAAAUAGAAGAUAGAAGUUAGUUAAAAGAAGAAGUUAGUUAGAAGUAAAAGUUAGAGGUAGAAGUUAGAGAGAAGUUAGAGGCCUAGUUAUUUGGAAGAGAAAUGUGUGAUCACUUUAAAUUUGUGUGUUCUGUAUUUGUAGUUUGUGGAUCCUUGUUGUGUGUGUGUCAACUAUGAAACUAUGAAAUAAUAUGUUAGAUUUUAUGUUGAAUAAAACGAAUAAAAUCAGGAAAUAGGAGAUUAAGGCGAUAAAAAUAAUAAUACACUUACAUAUUAGUAUGUGCUAGAAUAUUAUGAGCCUGUAAAGGACGUUUGAUAAAUAUAGUAUGAGCCUUUUGUGGGGACUUUUUUGGUUGAAAUACUAGGAGCCUCUGCUUGGAGGACUUUGGAAACUGUUAAAAUAUAUGAGCCCCAGAAAAAGGACUUUAUAUUUAAAGAAAUAAUAAAGGAAAGUGUUGGCAGGAAUGUGUUAGUCACAUUGAAGAGUGUAUUGUACUUAGUGUUUUUUUACAAUGUUAAAGUGUUUGUCUGUUGUCUCUUUUUAUGGGGUGAGAGUUCAAGAAGGAAGCAAAAGGACAAGGGGUGUGUCUGGAGGCAGAGGAGAGAACAGCUGGUCUACCUCACAUGAAACUUGAGGCUCGCAGACGACAGCACACGCAUCUGAACCCAGCAAUAAGGCCAGUGUGAUUUUAUCCACAGACUCUUUCUAAUCUACCUGCUUUUUGACCUCUAUGCAUUUGUUAAUGGUUGAUAUUGAUGAUACAUAUAUUGCUUGAUGGGUAAUCAGAUUUGGGACAACAACAGUAUAUUCAUUUGUUUGCACAUAACAUGUAUGUUGCAGUUGAGGCUUGGCAAUGACUGACCGUUCAAAUAACAGAGUUAAUUUCUGCUGAGUUGGGGAAGCUGUACCUUGCAAUUUGAUCGGUUGUUUGUAUAAGGUUGAUAUUGUGUGUGGACCUGGCGUUGUUUGCUCUUACAUCUGUAGGGUUGUUUUUUCAUCCUCUGAAGUUGGCAGAUUUAUUCAUUUGUUUGUUGAUUGUGAUAAAAAGGGGGAAUAUAGGUAAUAAUAAUAGUGUAUCAAUUAAAAUAAACAUAAGAAUAGGAUAAUAGAAUAAAGUUAAGGUAAUUUUUAAUUAGGUUGAAUUUGAUUAGAGAUAAAAAGGGGGUGUUACUUUUAUAUCAAAGAUGGCAUUCUCCAGUUGUUUGAGAAGGAGGGACAGAAAUGGAUGGAGAUAAAGAAAAACUAUGAUGAGAAGACGGAAGAUGAAAUGAAAAAGAAUGUAAAGAAAACAGAGAAGUUAAUGGCAGAGAUUUAUGCACCCUUUUCACAUGUAGUUCCAGUACAGAGACCUCCGCCGUAUAAGAAGGAGAUGGAGCUCAGGGAAGUUUAUCCUCAACUUCCGGUAAUUAGUCAAGAGGGUAAUUACCACAUUAAGAAUGAGGCUGAGCAGGUUAUAGAAGUGGGGAAAGCAGAGACAACUAUUAGGAUGUAUCCAAGUACAAAAAGUAAAAAGCAAACGACACAUUUGGAAACCGGAGGACGAUUGAGAAUUAAAAGGAUGGAUUUUGGAGAAGUGGAGGAUCAGAGUGAUGAAGAAGAAGCCAUGGGAGGAUAUGAUCCAGCAGUCAGAAGACUACUGGCCAGAGCGGAAAGAAGAGGAGGUAAAACAGGAAGAAGAAUGGAACUGAGAGAUGACAGUGAUGAAGAUUUGGAAAGAGAGAGUCCUACUCUUUUGAAGUCUGCUAAGAUAAAAACUGCUUAUAGAGAAGAAGAAAGACGACAGAUUUUAAGAGAAGUUGAAGAGAAUAUAGAUCGAUGCUGUAGAUGUCUGGACAAAUGCACUACACCAAAAGGAAGGAAGGCAUUAGAAGACCAAUUACAAGAACUGCAGAUUCAGAAGAAAGAGUUGCGGAAAACAGGUUCCCAACAAUUGGACAAGGAAUAUGAACUGCGUUCACGGAAAGAGAAGAAGCCGGGUAAGAUGUGUCCAGUUGUCAUAAGAGGUCAGAACUUGGAGUAUAAACCUUGGCAGAGUACUGACAUUUCAGAUAUACUUGAAAAGUUACCUACUCUUCAAGAUGGAGCACACCCUUGGAUCUCAAAGUUGGAAGAGAUCAUGGUGGGGACGCAAGCUGCAGUAGGAGACAUUAAGAGAUUGCUGGCAAAUAUACUUGGGGUCCCAGCCAUGGGGGAGAUUUUGCAAAGAGCUGGAUUAAACUGUUAUGUGGAAACUGCUGUAAAUGAUUCAGAGCUGUUAGCAAAUAGAGGUCGAGUAUGGAGAGCAUUGAAAGAUACAUUUCCAACAAAUAUACACCCUGAUAACAUUCUCAUUGAGCCACUGGGACAGGAAGAAAAUCCGAGAGCCUAUGUGUUAAGAGCCUAUCAGGUGUGGAGAAAUGUCACAGGAAACGAUCCAGAGGAGAGCCAAAUGGAGCAAUCAAUUCUGGGAGCCAAGAUACAGAAGGGGCUACCUCUACCAGUGCGGAGCAAAUUGGCAGAAGUGGUUGGUCUUGGAAAUAUGGCAAAGAGUGUAUAUACAGACCAUGUAGCACAUCAAGUGGACCUGUAUAGAAAGAAGGAGUAUGAUCAGAAGGAACAAGAUCAAGAAACUCUUCGGAAACUCAAUCAAAUACAAUUGGUGGAUAACAAGAAGAAGGAGAAGAAGCAGGCUUUAGUUUUACAGAGCCAGCCUGAACAAAAUCAAUCAUCUCCACAAUUACAGCCAAACCAGGUUCAGUUUCAAUCACCUCAACCGUCCCCAGUGGUCCCUGUUGUUUAUAACACACAACCAACUCUUGGCCAGCUACAAAUAUGGAGAGGAAGAGGUCGAGGAACCUUUGGAAGAGGAAGAGGAAACUCUAAUUUCCAACAGUUCUCAGAAGUGUGUUAUAACUGUGGACAGUUUGGACACUUUGCUCGUGAAUGUGGUAGACCAGGAGGAAAUUUUCGAGGAAACUUCAGGGGAAAUGCGAGAGGAGGAUUCAGAGGUCAGCAAUUGAUCAUCCGGGGACCGGCGAACCCUUAUAGGGGUCCAGAGCAAGGAUUUUAGGGGUGCCCGGAAAAUUCGAAAGGGGGGUGUCAGCUGGUAGUGUCAGGGCCAGAACAAGAUCCAACAAUAAUGGUGAAAGUAAAUAAUAGACCAUUAGAAGUGAUGGUAGAUAGUGGAGCGGCUUUCACCUGUAUUCGACCUGAAGAUGCUAUAUACCUCCCUAUGUCUGGUCAAUUGAUACGGACGAUCGGGUUUGAGGGAGUGAAACAGCUGGUACCUCUUACAAAACCAAUUGAGCUCUGUUACAAAAAUCAAAAGACUACAAUACCUAUAUUGGUUUCAGAACACACACCGAUUGCACUGUUAGGAAGAGAUGCUUUAUGCAGAUUGAAGUGUGUUAUAAAGUGUACACCCGACGGCUGCUUGGUAGAGAUGCCAUCUGAUACUGCUUACCAACUAUUGAUGACAACAGAUGUUGAGGCCUCUUCAGUAUGCUGGAUUGGAGAUCUUAGUGCCUAGUUUUUGGAACCUGUUAAAUUGUGGGAGAAGUUUAUUGUAGCAAAUAUGCCUGAUGCAAGACUUCCAGACUAUUCGCUUCAUUGUACGCUCAAGUAUUUUAAGGACGCUGCCCAGUCAAAUUGUGAGGAGUGGAUAAGUCAUCAACCAAAAGAAGUUGAACUCACCUCGUCUUGUAUAAUUUGGGGACCACAAGGAGCAGCAAUGAUAGUUGAUAUGAAUGAAUAUGUGAGCGAAGAAUAUAAAAUCAAAGAGAGUGUACCACAUGUGACCUUGAGGGUGUCUGAAGAAUAUGAACAGAAACAUAUAGGAGAAAUGAUGGCGGAAGCAGUAAAAGCUGUUUUUGCACCAGUAGAGGGGAAUUCUGCCAUCUGGAAGAGUGAGGAUCAGCGGUUUCUCAAGAUUAUGAUAUCUGCUCAAGGACAUGGGCGACCACAAGUUGUCCAAAUGACACAUGAAGCGAUAUGUGGGGUUGAAAUGGACGCAGAUGUUUUGAGGAGAGAAAUGUUACAGCAAGUACCUGAAUGUUUGUGGUCUCGAUACAGUACUGAUAUUGGUCUUGUUAAAUCAGCUCAACCAGUGAAAGUGGAACUCAGACCUGGAGCCAGACCUCCUUGGAAGAAUCAGUAUCCACUGAAAGAAGAGGCAGUUCAAGGGAUUGAACCACAGCUUGAAGGACUUCUGAGAGCAGAUGUGUUGAAGAUAACUCAAAAUCCUAUAAGCAAUACGCCAUUGUUGCCUUUACAGAAACCAGACGAUUCCUAUCGCAUGGUUCAUGAUUUGAGAUUUGUGAAUGAAGUAGUAGCCGAUUUUCCAGCAGAAGUGCCAGAUCCGUAUACUUUGUUGGCUCAAAUUCCCCCAAAUGCUACACAUUUUACAGUAUUGGAUUUAUGUGGUGCAUUUUCCAGUGUUCCACUGAGCGUAGAAAGUCAGGGUUUGUUUGGGUUCACAUACAAGGGACAGUUUUAUGAGUACCAAAGGUUGCCACAGGGAUUUAAACAUAGUCCUCAUAUUUUCAAUAAAGUAUUGAAAGAUGAUUUGGCAGGACUAGAUCAAAAAUUAAAAAGUACAGUGGUUCAAUAUGUAGAUGACAUUAUUAUUUGUUCACCAGAUAAGGAAACAUGUCAUGAAGACUCAAUUAAGCUGUUGCAGAUUUUGGCAGAAAAUGGUCACAAGGUUUCACAGAAGAAGUUGCAAUAUUGUCAGGAGAAGGUAGUUUAUUUGGGUCAAACAAUAACACAGGGCCACAAAAGUAUUUCUGACAGUCAUUUAGAGGCUAUUCGAAAGGCUCCAAAGCCCCGAACAGUCAGGGAGAUGAUGACAUUCCUCGGUAUCACUGGUUACUCUUCAGCAUGGAUUGAAGAUAAUGUAAGUUUGACAGGACCUUUAAGGGCUAUGAUUAAAGAUACUGGGAGUACUCAACUUCAUUGUAAUCUUCUCUGGACACAGGAUGGUUUAUUAGCCUUUGAAACAAUUAAACAGAGGUUACAAGAAGCUCCAGCGUUAGCCCUUCCAGACUAUUCUAAGAAUUUUCUGUUGUAUGUAUCUACCUCAGCUGGAGGAAAAUAUGCAUGUGCAGUUCUUUGUCAGCCAACAGGUACAGGGACCAGUCCUCAACCUAUUUCAUAUUAUUCUACUGCUUACUCAGAUGUUGGACUGGGACUACCAUGGUGUUAUAGAGCAAUGGUGGGAGUCUAUUUAAUGUAUGACAAAGCAUCUUUGGUCACGAGGGGAUAUCCAGUGACAAUUCUUACUCAUCAUAGUCUCAGAAAUCUUUUGAACUAUGGAAAGUAUACUUUGACCAUGCCUAGACUUAGAGACUAUAAUAGGCUUUUAGAACAAGAGGAUGUCACAUUAGUCAGAUGUGUUACAAUAAAUCCAGCUGAGAAUUUGCCAACUCCAGAAGAUGGUGAACCACAUCAUCAGUGUUCAAGAAGCAGAGAAAUAUUCGAGACUGACGUCAGAUUUGAAAGCUCUUCCAUUGCAUGAGGCAGAUUUAGAGUAUUGGACUGAUGGGUCCUGUUAUCGUGUGGGAGAUAAUUUGAGUGCUGGUUAUGCGGUGGUAAAAGCCCAGGGAACAGGUUUUUGUUGUUGAGAAAGCGGAAGCGGUACCGCAGCCUGCAUCAGCGCAGCUUGCUGAAUUGGUGGGGUUAACUGAAGCAUGUCUUUUAGCGGAAGGCAAGCGUGUGACGGUCUACACAGAUUCUGCAUAUGCUCAUAAUGUGUGUCAUUUGUUUGGAUCGGUAGGGAAAAAUCGAGGGUUUAAGAAAACAGAUGGUUCCCCAAUACAGCAUCACACUCAGAUAAUGAAACUUCUCCAUGCUAUGAUGAAACCUAAAGAAAUAGCAAUAGCUAAAUGUGCAGCACAUAAGAAGGAUGUGUCAAGAGUCACUCAGGGUAAUAAAGCGGCUGAUGAGGCUGCAAAAGCAGUGACAGGAGCUGAGAAGUUGGGUAAAGUUUUCUUGGUCACACAUGAAGUAGAUUUGGAGGAUAAGAUUACAGUGAAAGAUGUGGUCUUAAUGCAGGAAGCUGUCUCUGAGGUGGAUAAACAGUUGUGGAUAGAUCGAGGGGCAACACAGGAUUCUACUGGUCUUUGGAGAAAUCAUGAGGGACUGAUAGUAGCACCUCCAGACCUGUUGGGAUUGAUGAUUCAGGAAGCACAUGGCUUAGCCCAUGUUGCAAGGGGGGAAGUUAGGAGGAAGAUUAUAAAAGAGUAUGGAUUUUGGGCACCAUAUUUGCUUGAGCAAAUUGAUUAUGUUAUAAGUAGGUGCACUAUCUGUCUGAAAAGUAAUGUUCGGAGGGGUGUGAUGGUUCCUCCAGGUCAUAUUCCAACGCCAAGGGGUCCAAUGCGUGAAUUGGUGGUGGAUUUUGUUGAUAUGAUAAAACCAGUUGCAGGUAAAAAAGAUAUAUGUUAGUUGUCGUGGAUAGAUUUUCACGAUGGCCUGAGGCUUGUCCAGCUAAGGGGAAGGAUGUUCAGUCAGUUGCAAAGUUUCUGUGCAGGGAGGUCAUAGGCAGGUGGGGACUUCCUGAUCGAAUAUCUUCGGAUAAUGGGAAGGAGUUUGUGGAUAAGACUGUGAAACUGAUCUUACAAAAAUUGGGGAUUAAACAGCGUCAGGGGCAGUUUAUCAUCCACAGAGUCAAGGGAGAAAUGUGUGUGUGUUGAUGUUUGUUUUUAAAUAUAUUGUGUCUAUUCGUUUUAAUGUUUGCAAAGAUACUGGUGUGCUGUCUUUUCUCCACUUAGAAGGAUAUUGAAGGAGAAUCACUGCAAGAAGCUGGGUGUUCGGGGACUGAAGGACCCUGAACUAGGACACUGUGAUGAAGCUUCGCAGUGCCAGUGGGAAACGAAUGGAGCAAAGUGGAAAAGAAUCACAGUGCAACAUACUUUUGUUUUGUCAAUAUUGUAAUGAAUGUAAUUGAGUUAUGUGUUUGUUAAGAAAGUGGA